AUGGCUCGUACCUCUCUUUUGCGCGGGCAGUCUAACACAGGUGAAGGAUCUGACUCUGGUGUUACAUAUGGGUACGACAAGCCCCUACCUGAUCCAUUCGGAUUCAACGACGGAUAUGGGUUUAGGGGAGCUCCUCCUGCAAAGCCACUUGUUGAGCUGGAGAUGACGCGUCUUUCCGCCGAGUUGCGUCGUAAGCCAUCCUGGUGGACCAAAUUUCGAGACGAAUCCAUUCUCGCCAAGUGGAAAGGAGAAGCACUCGCCCAAACACAACUCAUGGAUGAGUCUCAUAUAGAUUAUGUUCUGAAAGAACUAGAUGGAUAUGCCAAGUUGCGCGAUGAGACUUCCGGUGCAGAGGUCUCAUGUUAUGACAAGAUAUGGCAGUCCGACACUCUCAUCCCUGCUUCGCUCAAGGAACGACUACUCACCGGAGUCACGACGCUCGAAGACGUACCCGAAUCGGAGAAGGAUUGGCACCCGCGCUCGGACGGGAAGGUUCUCGAUCUCGUGCAUCCAUCAUUAUAUCCAAUUGUCUAUGGUCGUACACUAUCAUACCCUGAGGACUCCGAUGAUCGAAACUCAACCGCACUUCAAGUUCGACUGGAACCUCCUAAAGCUGGUAAAUCUCAAGCGACACGUAUUGACGAAUACUAUUUGUCCAAACGAUUUCAAUGGCUACCCACCAACUUCGAGGUCUCCGAGGACGGUAAAUCAGUCAAGGGCAUCUCAUAUAUCAAUAAUCUUCAUCCAUUCAAACACACGGAUCUAUACAAGACAAUUGAAGGUUUAAUUGCGGCAUAUAUUCCCUUGUUCGAGCGGGUACUGACGGAUAGCAUUCCCGAGAACAAUGUGAUACCGGAGCGGACAUUUAACGGAUAUUCAUACGAUGAAGAAUACAAAAAAUCCCCUCAAUACAGCAAUUAUUCAGACGAAGAUAAAUUCGACCAAGACCAUCGCGAAUGGGAAGAGGGUCGACCGAUCCAGCUACCCUUUAUCCAACAGGAUUAUCAAAUUGGGAACUUGGAGAAACGACCGAUUCAGUAUAAACUCAAUGGACGAACAAUCCAAGUGAUUGUCAAAUUGGCUAACAUCCAUUUGACUCCAGAGAAGCCCAAGUACGAUGGAGGCUCCUGGCAUGUCGAAGGCAUGAAGAACGAAGCAAUCGCCGCAUCAGGUAUCUACUACUACGAUGAAGAAAACAUUACCGAGAGUCGUCUCGGUUUCCGAACCGCCGUUGCUGGCCCAGAAUCAUACGAACAAAACGAUUUGCGAGGAUGUAAAUUGACAUGGGGAAUGGGAUAUGACGACCCAUGUAUUAAUGAUCUCGGCUCUGUUGUAACCUGCCAGGACCGGUGUAUCGCGUUCCCAAAUAUCUACCAACACCGCGUGUCUCCAUUCGAACUUGCCGACAACUCGAAGCCUGGGCACAGAAAGAUAGUUGCGUUGUUCCUGGUCGAUCCUGCAAUUCAUCGGCCAUCCACGGUGAUAGUGCCGCCUCAACAAGCAGACUGGCGUGCGUCUGGAAUCAGUGCCAACCCAGUUCUCAAGGCAGCGUUUGACAAGCUGUCGGCAGAGAUCAUCGACCAUAUCAACUCGAUGGCAGAAGGCACAAUGACUCGGAAAGAAGCCGAAGCAUAUAGGCUGGAGUUGAUGGACGAACGGACGGCGUUUGUGGCGAAGAACGAUGAGAACUUUUUUAUGGCUCCUUUUUCCCUUUGUGAACACUAG